AUGAACAACGACACGCCCGGACCGUGGUCUGCCUCCAUAUUCGAAGCCACGCUGGCCACGCGCCACACCUUGGAAGGCUGCAAGUCUGUCGAGGCGCAGGUAGUUAAAGACUGGGCCGAGAAUCGCAUCAUUGACUUCAACCUCUGGGCAGCAGGAAUUGGGGCUCUGUCGACCUCUCAAUCCAGCCUUGAUAAACGUCUCACUUCCCAGCCGGCUGUUCGAUCCGUGGUUUUGGGACUCUUGUCGGCUCUGAAGACGCUCGCACAAGAUUGUUUUGACCUCGGGUCCGGAUCAAGGUCAAAUCCUAGCCCAUAUUUGCCUCAAGAUGACGACGAGACGAAUCUCGACGAUUCAUCAAGCCAACAAUCCGACACUUUUGCUCCCUGGUCGGAUAAUUCAGACUCGGAAGAAACCGAUGGAGAGCCACACGUGUCACUGCUCGAACAGGCAAUGGUCGAUACCGAGUCCGUUCUCGGCCAGCUUAUCCGCAUAGGCAAGGUUAUAAGAGCCGCAGGCACAGUAUCUCGGCUUCGCAGAGCAGACAAGAACUUUAGUAUUGAAGAUUAUCGCCACUUGGAAGAUGAGGGUUAUAAACAAUCGCCCAAAGUCGACAUUGAGGAUCUUCGAGCUCUCAAAGCGCAUCUGAUGACGCUUCUAUUUGCGAAACCCUCAAAAAGUGUGGCAGAGCCAGGAUCAGGUGCCAGAGGCCCUUGGGGGUUUGAGACUGAUCUUGGAAAUCUACAAGAGGCUCAUCGCUCGACCAUAGAGCAGCUUUGCUUUGCCAACCUCCUACGUCGGAAUCGAUUCAACUACGCCAAGAGGCACACAGAGAAGCUAGCAGCAUCUGCAGAGAUUCAUGGCUCGGACAAUACCAAAACUUCUGCUGAAGGAACUGCGCAAGGCGACAAUGCCGUGGGGCCAACUGAACAAGUCACAAGUCCAGAACAAGCGCCAAACGUGGCAUCUACAAACCUACUUCUUCUCGACUUGCGGCAACAGGGUCUGAUGUCAGAGACAACGCCAUCAGAGGGAACCGUGGAUACUCGUGCUCUCAAAAAGGCCGCAGACUCUCAAGUCGCUCUGAGCCGGAAGUCAGUGUCAUUGGAUAAGUCAGGCUGGCCGCAUCCACCUGGCUUGGCAAAGAGUAGGGCCUCUUUUCGGUGUCCCUGCUGCCACCAAACAUUGCCAAGUGAGGAGUCGAAGCAGCUUCUGUGGAGAAAACAUCUCUCCUCUGAUCUGUAUCCCUUCACAUGCAUAUUCCCGGCAUGCAGUAAAGGGGUUUCCCUGUUCAUCUCACGCAGUGAGUGGAACGCUCAUAUGCAGCAGGAACACAGAUCCUCCACAUAUUGGGAGUGCUUUGCUUGCACCGACGCUAAGACCUCCGCCAUCUUUGAGAGUUCGGAAGAAUUCAUCGGUCACAUGAACUCGGAGCAUGGCCAAGUUACGAACAAAGAGGACUUUCCCAAAAUGUUAAGGGUCUGCCAAAGAACAAAGCCUCUGGCCAUUGAGGCUUGUCCUCUGUGCGUUGUCAAACCUCAAGACGAUGAUCUUGACCCGAAGGCACUUUUAGACCAUAUCGCAGACCACAUCCAUGAUUUCUCCCUAGCGUCCCUACCGUGGGCGGACAAGCCUCCCGAAACUAUGGUUCGCCCACAGAGACAAGUUCUUCAAAAGGUCAGUAACUGGCUGGAUGUCAAGCCGAUGGACCACCCACGAGACCCAGAAGAAGGAAGCCCACCGACGAGUGUCAUUCUGCUUGAUUACUUUGCUGAAAGUGGCGGUGCUUCGUCUCGCGUCAACUUUUCUUCACCUACGCACUCAAACAUGUCACUCGAGUCCAUACCCAGUGUUGAAGAGACGAGGCAGAAACGCAAAACAGUCAUCAUUGUUGUUUCAACACCAGACAACGGCAUUGUCGUACUCGAACAGCUACAACAGCGUCCCAACUUCUCCGCAGUCAAGCUAUUUGUACUCAUAUACGCUCCUAGCUUGCAAGGACACACCGACAUAGAGACAGCGCUUCUUAAGGAUCUGCCAUUCAAACAGCUGUAUCAGCGUGCGUUGGAUCUCGUUCAACAUGAGACUAUGGUGAUACCUUACACUACACGCCGUGGCUAUUGGCAUAUCCUCCCUGUACUCAACCCGGACCUUAUAUAUCUCGUGGAGUCUGUCGUCGGCGAUGACGGUGGUAUUUUCUCGACAUUGGUGACCUGGUAUCACUAUGACCUAGUGAUUAUACAAAAUAUACCUGGUACAACUCCAAUGUCGGGUGAGGCCUAUGACCAUCUGAUAAGGGGGAUCCGUGGUUCGGGAUUUACUGGGACCCGCGAGCUAAAGAAUUUAUCUUACAACUGGUCAAGACAUGUGCUCACUAUGAAGUAG